AAGUUGAUAAUUCUAUUAUGGAGGAUUUUUUCGAUUUUGAGGCAUUUCAAAAGGAUCAAAAAAAUUUUUCUUCUUUUGAAGUUCACGAUUCUUCAACAACUGUAGAAAGUGAAGAAUGGUCUAUUGAGGACAUUUUACAAAACCAAUAA